AUGUUAAAAAGAGAUGCUGGUGUUUUAUCAGAAGCCGACUCUAGUUUGCAACCAGCAAAAAAAUCAAAAAUUAAUGACAAGGAAGUAUUAGAAUUUGAAUUAUUAAAAAUUGCCAAUAUUGGUGUAGGAAAUACAAUUGAUGUCGAUGCAUGUCAUGUUCAAUUAUAUACUCUUUCUGAAAUGUAUAGAUCUAAAGAUAAAGAGGCUAAAAAACUUCAAGAUGAAUUAAAUGCAUGUAAAAAAAAAGUUCAGGAGUAUAAAAAAAGAUAUGAAACGGUUGUUUCUGUUACAAAACGUUGUUAUGACACUCUUGAUAAUGAUUUAAUGAGACUAGGUCAGAGAUUUGUUAGUGGUCUGACUAGAGAAAUUGAUUCAUUUACUGAUGAACCAGAUAAUGUUUUUGAGUAUGAACCAUGGGAAAAUGGUCAGAUGGAAAAACAUUUAGAAAGAAAAUGUGCUAAUACUUCCUCAAUUAUAGAUCAAUUAAUAAAUGUCUUAGUGCAGAGACUUAAUAAAUGUGACAAAAUGGAUAAUUUUUUGUCAAGAGUAAAUGUUUCUGAUGAAGAAAUGAAAAAAAAGUUAGGGCAAGCGACUCGCGAAAGUCAAAGAUUAACAGAAAUAUCAGGAAAAUUACAAGAAGAAAAUCGCGAUAUUAUUAAAAAAACUAAAGCACUUCAACAUAGAACUAAAUCAUUAGAAGAACAAUUAAAACAAAAAGAUGAUGAAAUUCAAAAGUUGAAUGAAGAUGAGAGAAAAUCAAGAAGAUUAUAUGAAAAAUUAAAAUUUAGAUUUGCUUGGUAUAUAAAAUAUGAACAUAAAACAAAAAAUGAAGAUGAAUCUAAAAAUAAAGGAACAACAGAACAGGAAUCAUCAAUGGUUAAACAAACGGAAGAAUUAGAAGUAUUAAAGAAAAGGUAUUCAGAAUUAGAAAAUAUAAAUGAAUCUAGAAUAAAUGAAAUUAAAGAACUUGUUGAUAGGAAUGUUCAGCUAGCCCACGAAAUAUCAGAAUUAAAAAAUAAUAAAAAAGAAAUUACUAAAGAUGAUUUAAUUAAUUCUGUAGAAUAUAUAGCUUUAAAUGAAAAAUUAAAAAGAGUUGUUAUAGAAUAUGAAGAGCUACGACAUCAUUGUAAUGAAUUAACAACAUUUAAUUUAGAUUACAUUAAAGGUUUAAUACAAUUUGACGAUGCCUAUGACGCUGAAGUUUUACGAUCAAAACAACUAAUUAAACAAUUAUUAAUUGAAAGUGAAGAGAUAAGACUUAAAGCUGGUGAUUGUACGAGCGCAUUCAUGAAACAAGUAGAAUUAGACAAACCACAUGGAGAUUUUCUUCAAAGAGAAAUUGAUAGACUCCAAGAAUACAUUAGAGCAUUACAAAAAAAAAUGUCUAUAAUGAAACAUGAAUCUAAAAGAUCUGCCAUGGAAAAAGAGGCAUUAUUAAAAAGAAUUUUGGCUGCAGACAAAAGAACAAAGGAAAUGACAAAUAGAUGUUUUAGAUGUCGAUGGAUAGAAAGUUUAAAUAGUACAAAUAGUAAUACUGAAAUAAAUAUAGAUUUUGAGAAAAUAAAUGAUAUAGAACAAGUGGUUGAAAAGUCAAGUGAUGACGAAUUGAGAAGUUAUUUUAAACAAUUUAUGAUAUUAAUAAAAGGAAUAAAAGCAAUGUAUGAUAGAGUAGAAAAUGCAAAAGAUGAAUCAUUAAAGGAAAUGUUUAAUAGUGAUGAAUAUUUAAAAUUAUCAAAAAUGCACUCUGAUCAAAUAGAAAAAUUACAAGAAGAGUUAGAAAAAGCGCAGCAAAGUGUAUCAUCAUAUGCGGAACAGUUUGAAGAGACUGAUUCUCAGCUAGAAGAAGAAGUAGCUAAUUCUGAAAAAUUACGUAGAGAGUUAAGCGAAAGAGACUCAUUAUAUUUAGAACAAAUGCAAAGUGUAUUUGAUUCUAAACAGGAAACUGCUAGAGCUAAUAGAAAAUUAGUGAUUAUGGAACAUUGUAUAUCACAAUUACGUGAAUAUAUAGAGUUACAAAAACUAGAAAAUGAUCAAUUGAAAAAAGAUAAUAAAGCUGCUGUAGAUGCAUUAAAAGCUAAAACAGAAGAAAUACGAAUGUUAAAUGAUGAAUUUAACAAGUAUGAAGAUAGUCAAGGUCAAUUGUUAGAUCAGGUAAAACAUCAAGAUAUAGAAAUUCAAAAAUUAAAAAAGAAUGAAUUAGUAUUAAAAGAAUCCAUUGAUAAAUAUUCAGUAGAUAAAGAGGCUUAUGAUCAUAGAAUAAGAAGAGCAGAAGAAAUUAGUUCACAAUAUAAAUUAAAAUAUGAUAUUUGUAAAAACGAAAGAAAUACGUUACGUAAAAGUGUUGCUGGUGGUGGUAAUGAAUUUUAUAUUAGACAAAUAACUGAAUUACAGUCAGCUUUAUCAUGUUGCUGUUGCAAAGAGAAUCGUAAAGAUACCAUAAUAACAAAAUGUCUUCAUAUGUUUUGUUCAAAAUGUGUUACACAAGUUAUUGAAACAAGGAAAAGAAAAUGUCCUUCUUGUGCAACAUCAUUUGGAGCUGGAGAUUAUAAAUCAAUUUCACUGGAGUAG